AUGCAAUGCCCUUAUAGAAACAUGGAUCGGUCCGGGUCUACACUCGCAGCGAAUGAGAUGAGGGCAUUCGUAAACGUGCUUACUCCUGAGGGGAAACCGGUAUGGCCUUGCCCAUGGGAGCACCGAGGCUGCCAGUUCAUUGGUCAGAGCGAAGUGGAGCUACGUGGACAUCUUGAUAACACCAACACCACUUUGUCUCAGAGUCGGGAGAUAGAGGCAGAAGAGGUCGAAGAUGGUUUGUCGAAGCUAAACUUGAGUCGUUCAUGCUUCAAGCUAACUAAAGUAGGGGCUGUGAGAGACUUCAGCACCGAUGCGGCUUUACGCACCACUAAUUCACUGACAUACCUGGGAUUCCCAAACCCUAAGUCCGUCCCCCCUAAGUACGGAGCUCGUUCGCACAGCGAAUACGUCCUCGAAGCACCUGAGAGUCGUUGUUCACCGUCACUCUGA